UUUUCAGAAUUUGUUGUUACAUCCCGCCGGCACUCGGCAGUCAUAUCCGGAUUUUACGUGGAUGUUAAAAUUGUUACUUACUUUUGUUCCCGUGUAGUUAAGUUUCAUUUUGGUGCAAAAUGCAUGGUCACUGCAUCAAAGAUCACCGCGAAGUGUGACUUCAUAGUUUAGUAACUGUAUAAUUUUAUGAUUUUUAUCAUUAAAUUUUAUGGAUUGAUCCCAGAUUCCAAGUUUGUUUGCUCGCCUUCAGGAUCUGUGUUUCUGCUUUUGAUCGUCAUACAUUUAAGAUUUUGCAUUGCAACUUCCUAGCUAAUGUUUAGCCAUGAAUUCUGCCCCACAGGAACUGUAUGGUCUCGCUGGCGUCUCGCACUACAUGACGCGCAUCGUCCUCCUCUGCAAGCCACAAAAUCUGUCUAGCCCACUCUCCUCCGAUAAGAUCUCCACGCUAGAAAAUGGCAUUGCACAAUUUAUUACGGAAUUUUCCGCGAUUUCGGGUAGUAUACGAGAAACUCAUAAAACCUAUCUGGAAACGGCCAUCCGUGGAUGCUUUUGGGAUGAAUUAAAUCAGACGCGCAAUUUCUUGGACAUGGAAUGGUUGAUGCGCUGUACUGUCGAUUUUGUGGAUGCGGACAUCCUGGAUCCAGCGGUUCCCUUCAUGCUGUUUCAGGAAGCCUGCGAUUGGGGUGAUAGCCGGGAGAAGGAACAGAUUGCGAAUUUAUUUGUCGAUCUGAAAAAUAAAUGGCGAUCUCCGAAAUUCGUCAGCUCAUCCUGCAAAAAUAUGUUACUGCGCUUUGCCGUGGAAUUGUUGUCUCGCCUUCCCAAAACCACGUCCGGCAAGGCUCGGGGACGUUUACUGUGUUAUGUUAGCGCACGGAUUCCAAUGUCGGAUAAAGGAGCUGCUAACAUUGCCGGGGAAUUCAAUACCGGAAAAUGCGUAACUACCGAGGGCCUGACAACGGGAACGGCGAAUAACCCCCACGCCAAUGCGAAAUUUGCUCAGCUUUGCAAUUUAUUGGAUUGCCUGAAAAAUCCCAACCUGGUCUUAACUGAUAAAGGAUUCGCUACGUUCAAACAAGGAAUGGAAACUGUUCUUGAGAUGAUGACGCCAACCGAUCUUAAAGAAGGAGAACAGGAAGAGGGAGAAGUGGAAGAUGGACGCAGUAGAAUUUUAACUCGAGCAUCGCGGACAAAUGCUGCCACCGGCAGCGUUGAUGUUAACCUGAACAGUAUCAGAUUCAAUCCCGAUCCGAAUGCCUUGGAAAGCGAUAUGAAACAGGAUCGCGUGAAGCGGAAUCUGCUAUGUCGGUUCCUGUUUGUGGCACAGUACAUCUGCCUGCCAUCAAGACCAAAAGGGCCGGUUGAGCCUACGGAAGAUCAGUUGGUAUGGUGCGAUAAAAAAGUGCAGACUGCACUUGAAAUUUUAUCUCGCACUAACCCGGAUGGUCCACUCUAUGUGCAGAGAUUAUUGGACCAUUUGGACAGCGAAGCGACAGUGUCUAUCUGGAAGGAUAACCAGUGCCCGACGCUACAAACUGCACCCAAGGCUGAUUUAUCCAGCCUCUCACCGUAUCCUCCACGCGACAAGCUCCCGUAUCCGAAAGUCAGCCGUGUACAGUUUGGCAAAGAGAAACUGGUGAACAGGAAGUCAAUACGGGAUAUGCCUUUGGCCGGUCCGGGUAAAGUGACUGGCAGUGUGGAAGUCACGCGCUUAUUGAAUAAAGGCCCAAAUACAAUGGAAGAGUUCCAGAAUUUGGGAUACCAGCCGCCAGACUUGAGUUAUUUUGCCCCGGUUGUGGAACAGGCGAUAACGAAAGAGACACCAAAGAUUGUUAAUGAUGAAAAGUUCCAGUGGCGGGCUUUACGAAUUUUGGGUAAACGAACGCAUAUUCACUUCUCCAAUGAAGCGGCCGUGGAGAAAAUGCCGACCAAAGAUAUGGGAACAUUCCUCGAGAAUUAUGUCAUGCAGUUAGCCGAGAAGAAUCCCGAUCUGCAAAGUAUAAAGCAGACAUACUUGGCAGCCACUGCCACCUCACCCGUUGAAAUGUCGCCGAAUAAUGCUGAGGAAAACGGAAAUGUGGACAUGGCUGCGGAUAACCUGGACGAUCUCAUUAAUCCUGUUCCCGAUGAGGAUUUACCGGCGGAGGAAGAACCCGAACCAGCUGGUCAUCAAAUAAUGAAUAAAGAGAGCAUACUGGGCAUAGCGAAAUUGAUCGGAGCUGACUGGGAGCGAUUUGCUGGGAUACUGCAGUUUGAUCCGGAUUCAAUCUCUUACUGGAAGUCAUCCAGUGAUGAUCCCGUGCAGCAGGCUGCGCUGAUGCUGCAGGUUUACAUGGAACAGCAUUCUCAACCUGACAGUGAUUCGAAUGAUGCACUGGAAAAGCUGUUAGGGGUUCUGAAAGAUGAGUAUGCCAUCGUUUUGUAGUGACGCUUUUGUAAGUUUUUAUGUUCCACGAGUAUUAUUCCUUUACAAGUGCUAAAUGGUGCUAUUUCAACCUUUGAGAUGCGGCGUAAUGCCAAGUUGUCAUUGGUUUCUGGUUUUUUUCGAUUUUUUCCCUUCACUGUUGAAUGGCAUGUGAGGAUAAGAUUCUAUGAGAAGCGGAAUGGUGAGAUCUAGGCAAAAAAUUACCGGAAAUGUAUAAUUUCUUUUCUACCUUAUUUUUGUGGCAUGGUUACACUGUUACAGCUAUAACGUGCUCGAACGGAAAUUUUUCGAAUAGAUUCAACUAGCUGGCGGAA